CGUACACUCCAUCGUCCACAGUGACUUCCGCUUGCGAGCGAAAUAUUCACCGUAUAACGUAGAUCAAGGCUGAAAAACAGGUAAAAAUUGUCAAAAUAAAUAAAUCAUUGGGUUUUUUUUUACUUAUAUGUGUGGUUCUGACAUAAACUAUAUUAUUCAUAAUCAAUAUUCUAAUGUUUAAACAUAUAUUUUCAGACAAAAUGCGGUUUCUCAAUCAGAUUUCCCGAAAAAAAAUCAAAAUUGUUUGCAUCAAACGAAGAUUUCAAAGCUUUAAACCUAAUAUUUCAACAAAUCUUUUUGAUGCUAUCGAGAAUUAUGUUCUAAGCACCAGAAAAAUAAACAAUGUUAUUUGUAAACGUCUUGGUUGCAAAGAUAUUGACCAUUAAUUAGCAACUGUUGAUGUUCCCUCACUGUACGGUUGCUUGCUCCCUCUCUGUACGGUUGCUUAUGAGCACUUGAAAAAAAACUGUACGGUUGCUUGGGAGGAAACUACGAGUUUUGUUACAAUUAAAACCGCAAUUCUUGAACAGUUGGCCCAUUUUAAAGGUUACAAUGGCAUUGACCAUGCAUUUAAACCAAACAAAAUGAUAUGUUGGUUUAAUAACUAAUGUAUGUCAAACUUUGUGAUGGUAAAUUGCGACUUUAAUAUAUACUUUAAGUGAUUGAAUUUAACUGCAGUUAACAUAUUUACAUGACAUGAUGUUCAAUGUAUAUAUUUAACGUUAUUGUAACUUCUCUUUUUUUGUAGGUUAAUACUAAUCAUGGAGACAUAUAUGUGCAUCUAUUGUGAUUUAGAGUGUAAACAGUUCUGUGAAUUAAUAGAUCAUGUCAUUAUAAGACAUCCUGACGAGAACCUGAAGAUAAGAAUUAUUAUCAAAGAGGGGCAAAGUGUCAAGUCAUACUCAAAAAAUUUCAAUAUCAUUCCCAAUGAAUUGAAAUCUAAAAAAAAGUUUAUAAUUCCCGUGGAGAAAACGAAAUCAGUAGAAGUUUCAAGAAUUCCUGAAUCCUCUCCAUUUGGCAAGUGUGCUCGAACUUCGACACCAAUAAAAAGCAUCCAUGAUUGUCCAAAUUUAAACAUGGUUGAAACGACUGCUGAUGAUCUUAGCGCAUAUUUUGAUGACAUGCAAUUAGACGUUUUUGAAAAAACAGUUUCUGUUCAAACAGACCCAACGAUAACAUUAGAUUUAUCUUCAAUAGAAAAGCCUGAUCAUGACGCAAUAAAAGACAUAAUACAGAAAAUACCUGCUGUAAUUGACUAUCUCCAUUCGGAAGGACAAUUGGAGAUGUACACGAAAUUUACGUCCUUACUCGCGGAUAGAAAAUUGCCAUUGACCAACAUUGCAUUCUUACUCUUUUCUGAUGUUGUCAAUUGGUUCACUUUGGAAUCUUCUAAGAAAAUGAGAUAUUCAAAUGAUGUCAAGCUAUUCUGGAACAUUGGGCUGAAACUGUUCAAGGGCAAGUUCCUUCGUUUCAUGUCAGGUUGGAAAAAUCAGGGCCAAAGCAACCAUAAUCCAUCGGAAUCAAGUAUUAAUUUCGCGGUUCCCUCUCGUGGAUACUUAGAAAACUCAUUUAUGUCGGACAAAUUUAAAAACAUGCAACCAGGAAUUUUACAUGACAUGAUUAAUCUUAUUAGUGAAAGUGAUCCUAACAAGUCUAAAACAUUCAAGUUAUGUGUUGAUGGAAAAAAAAUAAAUGCAGGUUUAACAAAGCAGAAAUAUGGAGACGUGAACCUGUGGGGUCUUGAAGGUCCACCUAGCCUUGAAGAGAGAGAAGGAAAGUUAGAAAGCGAUGUUAAAAAGAUUGACGAUUUUACCACAAUCAUUGAAAAACUCGAUCAGAAAGGUAUUGACAGUAUUGCCGAAGCACCUGAAUUCAACAGAAACGAAGUGGCUGAAAAGGGAAAAAAUAUAUUGAUAAUUAUGAAUGAAAGAGUUAAAGAGCUGAGAAGUGCAAAACAAAACAAAGUUGUAACUUUAGAAAAAUUAAAUAAAGCAUGCAUCAACGAAAAACUCAAAACAAAGUACUCUUAUGCAUUAAGUGCUAUCAAAACCUACAUAUAUCGCGUAAACAUAGCAAUUAAUAAAGUUAUGCAGUUGAUUAACUAUUUUGGAGAAAUAAUAGCAGUUAGCCAGGAAGUCGGAAAUGUAUACAUGCAGGAUUCUUAUUGUGACCUUUCUACACAGGGAAACUAUAUUUGUCUAACAGGUCCUGAAACUGUGGAUAUGUCCUCACAUAACAUCGAGUCAUCAACAGUUAAGCAACGUACUGAACCUUGGCAUACGAUAAGAAAAGCAGCUCGUGUUACUGGCAGCACUUGUCAUUGUGCUAUUGGACUCAGUGGUUUAAAGGGUCAAAAGCAACAUUUUGAACAAGUUAUCAACAGAACUGAGAAACCACAACCUACAAAAGAAGCCAUUGAAAGGAUGCAAUACGGAACAGAUAAUGAAAUCAAUGCUGUUGCUACUUUGACAUCUAAAUUCUUGCCCGUUUAUCUACCUGGCACAAAUUUCGUUGAAGAAGGAUGUGAAAUCGUCAGACACAAUGGUAAUAUAAUCAUUGUGGUCAGCCCAGAUGGCAGUAUUCGUGGAAAGGAAGACGUAGAUAUACAAUAUGCUGUGGAAAUCAAAUGUCCAUAUCCAGGAAAAGUGUAUACGACGCCUGUGUACUAUAAAAUGCCCUGGUAUUAUGUAUCACAAGUCCUAAUGGAAAUGUAUGUCUUAAAGGUAAAUCGGCUGUUGUUUGUUUGCUACAGUUCUGAUAGUUCUACAAUUUUCGAAGCGCCUUUUGACGAAAUAUUGUGGACAGAAAUUAACGAUCGAAUCAAGACAUUAUAUGGUGACGAUAACCCUUCCAUUAUGACAAGACUGCCUCCGGGAAAUAAAACUUUGAUUGAAAAGAUGAAAACCUAUUGCAGUGAAAAAGUAAAGUUUAUUGCCGAAAUUCCAUCAGUGAAAGUUACCAAAUGUUGUCAACAUGCUGAACAAAGUAACAAUGAAUUUGAUAUUGGAAGAAACAAACAUAAGACAACUGACAAUCAGAAUAUAAAUAACCCCUCACCAUCGGGGAUUAUGACGUAUUUACAUGAGGCAAAAGAAAUGCUUAGAGAAGCUAAUGACUUACAGAGACAUUUAGCGAGUGAAGUUCUAGUGUUUUUGAUUUCAGACUUAGACAGAAUACACGAAAGGGAAAGGCAAUAUGAGAUUCCUGUGGCGUAUGCAUUAAAAGGUUACAGUUUGACUUCAGCGACAUUGAGGGAAAUGAUUGACAAGGUCCUUUACGAUUGUUUUAGAAUGGGAGUAUAUGUUCCUGCUUUAUCUUAUGAUGGACUGUGGUCAAAGAUAGCUGUUCGGUCGAAAACAGAGUUUCCAUUAACUUUACUUCAAUUGCAGAAGGACAUAAUGAAAGAGGCAAGAUCAACUGAUCAAAAAGAAAUUUUAAAUAUAAUUCUGCCGUCAAAUUGCGUAAAGGCUGAAACGUUUGUAGAUGUCGUUGAGAAAACUGUCUGUGAAAUAAAGCUAGAUAGAAAUGGAAACUUCAUCUCAAUUGAUCUCUACCGUGCCAGAAAUUGUCACACAAUUUUCCGAACUUCUGCCACAACGAACAAAUAUAUGAAAAAGGAGCAGAAACUGAAAACAAAAGCUAAAACAAAUCAAAACGAGGACAAUUCGGUAGACAUUUCAUCAACUGUUUCUUCUGUACUAGACGCAUUUGUUCCAGAUGUUGCAGAAAAUAUUCAAGACGAUCUGUUGCAGAACAUAGAGGCCACAGUAAUCGAUAGUUCGAGAACUGAAACAUCAACACAAGAAUUGGAUCUGUCUACGUUUUUCGAUGAGUUACAGUCUCCACAAGAAAAUGAUCAGAAUGUAAACGCAAAUUUACAGGAUAUAAAUACCCAACAAGAACUUGAAAACAAUCAAGAAGUAGAUGAAAUGAAUGAAUGUUUAAUGCAAGAUGUGCAAGAAGAUGCAGCAGAGUUUUUACUUGAUUCCGACAGAGAGGAGAUGUUAAAAGCCCUCAAACAAGAAAAAUCAAGAAAAUGGAAUGAUGUCACUAGCGAACAGUUUAAAUCGAUGUUAAAGUCUGAACGUAUGAUUGAGAGUUCGUUCACAAAAAAUGAACUUCUUGUUUGUUUGGCUACAGUUUCUACUAAGUUAAAAGAAUCAAACAUUCACUUUGCAGUUUCUUGGCUGAAGAAAAAGCUAGUUGGUUUUACAUAUAACCUAAAUGUAGGAAAUUUUGAACAUUUUUCGUCACAAAAUAUGAAAAAGAAGAAGAGCUCACCGAAAGUCGAUAAAUUGAGUAAACUGUGUACAAAAAUAGUAAGGAAAAUGUCUAAACAAACAUUGUCAUCCAUAUACGCUGAACAUAUUUACGCUGAUCGAUUAUUGGAAUGGCAAAACCAUUCACCGUUUGCACGUGAAACACAUAUUGAUGGUAUUGAAUAUUCAGUGUCUUGGUAUUCUAUGCCCGAGUAUGUUCCUAAUACCUUAACAUAUUUGUUUGAUUUUCUUGACAGUCAUCACCUUUUCGUGAAUGCGAGAGUUAAAUGUUGUGGAAGCGGUAUGCAGGAAUGUGGUAUCAGUAGAAAAGCCUGGGUAAGUGUAGCUGAAAAUAUGAGAACUAACAAAAGUGGACUUAAUAUAGCGUUAGUUGACGAUCUGGUGGACAAACAAAGCAACGCUUUUGCUAAAAAAACAUUCUCUGAAGAAGUAGAAAAUGCAAUGCGUGAAAGUGAUUACUCCCAGGAAGCUAACUUCUGUAAAUUGAUAAGAGAAUGGUAUUCAGCAGAGGAUGACCCCGGCAUAGAAGUUACAGAGAGAAUUAAAAGGCGACUUCGUUUCAGAGAAUGGUUACUCUAUGGGGUUCGACUGGAUGAGUUCCCUCCAUAUGGAAGAUUUGUCAAAGGAAUCCCGCAUGUAAUGUUUGAGGGAUUGUUAACAAACAUAGAGAGAAAAAUUCAGAUUACACCUUUUGUCAAAUCCGGUGCCUUCUGUCCAAGAUCUCUCGGAAGUCUAGAGGCCGAAAAUUUUUUUGGCGAAUUCCAGGAUCUCGAUCCAAAAGGGUCUGGGGUUAUACGACCUGAUGAUAUACCCAAGGCCUUGCAAACGGCUUGUGAACUUAUAUCAACACGGCGAAAUCCGGAAAGGAAAUUCUACAUGCAUACAAGCAGAGCAAAAGUUUACGAUGUGCAUGAAUUGAUGGACUCGGUGGAAGACGGUUUUGAUCAGACAUGUUAUAUGACACCAGAGUACGUUUCCAGAAUUUGCCCACGCAACCAUAUAUUUGACCAUCCAUUCAGAGCGAAGCGUAAACAUGCUAAAAGAAAAAGCGGAGAAAUAUCACAACCGGCAUUGUCAGGACGAGGAGUUCAACCUGUACGAGAAUAUCAUAGAUUAAAUGAAAAUAUGAUAACAGCAGAAAAAAGAUACGGUGGUUUGUCGGACAUCUCAUAAUAACGUACUGGCA